AUGGACGGCGCAACUGAAGCAGGGGGUGGUAACUCCUACAUCGGAGUCGUUAUUAGGGACUCCUACAUUGGUGCUCUUAGUUUAGUCCUCCCUUCUUGUUUCCCUACUGAAACUAUAGAAGCAUAUGCGCUACUUCAUGGAGUCCUUUUUGCCUCAGAGAUGCAGAUUGACCAGGCCUUUUUUGAGUCCGAUGCACUAUCCAUCAUCCUCAGCUUAUCUUCUAGGGUUGCUGGCAACGAUUUCAGCCACAUCCUUGAGGACAUUAGGGUAGCGUCUAGCACCUUCAGCCACUGUUCCUUCCAUCACCUGAAAAGGGAUGGCAACAGAGCAGCACACACUCUGGCAAAAGAAGCUAAAUCUUCAGGCCAAUCCAAAAUUUGGAAAGGAAUCCUUCCCCCUUGUAUUCUGAAUAUUCUUAGAGAUGAUCUGAUGUAA